AUGAAGCACCUCAUCCUGGUCGGAGCCUGUUACUUGGACACCAUUCUAAGCGUGCCUCAUUACCCACAAGAAGAUGCAAAGCAACGAGCCUCAAGCCUCGAAAUCCGACGAGGAGGCAAUUGCCCCAACUCGCUCGAGGUGCUCCAGCAGCUCGUCGGGCCACAAGAUGCCCUUUGCAUGCAUUUAGUGUCACCGCUUCCGAGCAGUUCAUCGCUCGCUACGCAGCAUAUCAAGGAGUCCUUUGGUGAGUCGUCACCUGUAGACUUCGAGUGUUGCCUUUACCGAGAGACGCACACCCAAGCAGCCAGCAGUUACAUCUUUCGUAGCAAGCAGACGGGAAGCCGUACCAUCAUAAACUACAAUGACCUACCAGAAAUGACAGUUGACGAGUUCGAGGCCGUUGUGCGGAGAUUCAACCCCAGCGAAGAGACCUGGUGGCACUUUGAAGGCCGCAUACCCAAUACUACGUUAGAGUGCGUCCGCAAGCUGCGUGAUAAGCUGCCAAACGCGCAAAUCAGCGUCGAAGUCGAGAAGCCGGGAAGAGACGGGCUUCGAGAACUCGCAGCCGAGGCCAACGUGGUCUUCUAUUCCCGAUCCUGGGCAGAGAUCGUCCACUGUCCCGUCGAAAGCCGUGCAAAGUCCAUUUCGGUCGUUGACUCGGUGGGAGCGGGUGAUACCUUCGUCGCGGGAAUGCUCUACAGCCUGGUCUGUCGCGACAGAAGCUGGGAUGUAAGCCACGGGCUGAGAUUCGCCGUGCACCUGGCCACGACAAAGGUCCAAAGGGAAGGGUUUCAGGGGCUCGGCGCACAUGUCCACGACUGGCUAGUAGGCAAUGCGUCCUGA